UAAGACUUCAUAUGUGAGCACUUCAGAAUGGCAGAAGCUCUAACAUCUCAGGCCUCAUUCAGCUGCUCAAUUUGUGUGGAUCUACUGAAGGAUCCAGUCACUAUUCCCUGUGGACACAGUUUCUGCUUGGGCUGUAUUAAGGACUGCUGGGAUCAGGAUGACCAGAGGGAGGUCUACAGCUGCCCCCAGUGCAGAAACACCUUCAAUCCAAGGCCUGUUCUCUACAAGAACAGUCUUAUUGCUGAAAUGGUAGAAAAACUGAAAAAGAUGAGACUCCAACCUGCACAACCUGCUCACUCUUUUGCCAGACCUGGAGAUGUGGAGUGUGACGUCUGCACUGGGACAGCUGUCCAGUCCUGUCUGGAAUGUCUUCUUUCUUUUUGUGAAGCUCAUAUUCAGACUCACUGUAAAUCUUCUGCAUCGAAGAAGCACAAACUGGUCGAGAAAAGAGCGAAGAAAACCUGCUCUCAGCAUGACAAGCUGCUGGAGCUGUUUUGUCGCACAGAUCAGAAAUUCAUCUGUUUUAAGUGCACGAUGGAUCAACAUAACGGCCAUGAUACAAUCUCAACAGCAGCAGAAAGAUCUCAGAUGCAGAAACGGUUGGCGAAGAUCCAGACGAAAUUCCAGCAGGGAAUCAAGCAGAGAGAUAAGAAGCUGCAGGAAGUGAGACAGGCUAUGGAGAACCUCAAGCACUCUGCCCAGGCAGCAGUGGACGACAGUGAGGCGAUCUUCACUGACCUGAUUCAUGCCAUUAAGAGAAGACGCUCUGAAGUGAAAAAGCUGAUCAGAGCUCAGGAGAAGGCCGAGCUGAGUCGAGCCGAGGGACUCCUUAGGCAAAUGGAGCAGGAGAUUGCUUAUCUGAAGAAGAGAGACGAUGAGCUGGAGAAGCUUUCACACACGGAGGACCACAUCCAUUUCCUUCAGAGUUUCCAGUCUGUCUCUGGCCAUCCUGAGUCGACAGACUUAGCCAGCAUUAGCGUCACUCUACACUUCUCCAUAGAGGAGCUGAGGAAAGCUGUGUGUGGAGUAAAAGAACAAGUGGAAGACGUCUACAGUGUUGCAGUGGUCAAAUCAGCAGGAGUUCACAUUGUCCUGCCACAUCAGCCGACAACCAGAAAGGAGUACCUGAAGUACUACUGUCCCCUCUCACUGGAUCCGAGCACAGCGCACAAAGAACUCUGCCUUUCUGACGGAAACAAAAAAGUGUCAUGGAGCCGCAAGCUUUAUUUCAAUAUUUCAGAGAUACUUGACGAGUGCAGACAGGUGCUGUGCAGGCAGAGCGUGUCUGGACGCUGUUACUGGGAGGUGGCCUGGACUGGUAGAGUUCAUAUCGCCGUCUCAUAUAAAGAUCUCAGCGGGGAUGGCAGUGAGUGUGAGUUUGGGUGCAACGAUCAGUCCUGGAGUUUGAUCUGCUCUGACUCCAGUUUCUCCUUCAGGCACAAUAACAAAGAGACUAAACUGCCUGCCGUCUCCUGUUCUUCCAGAAUAGGAGUGUAUGUGGAUUACUGGGCAGGAAUUCUGUCCUUCCACAGCGUCUCUGACACAAUGAUGCCCUUCCUCAGAGUCAAGGCCACGUUCACUCAGCCACUCUAUCCCGGGUAUGGAGUUUGGUCAAGAACCAGUUCUGUUCAGAUUUGUGAAAUCAACUGAUCUGUUGAUGUGUGAGUGUUCAGAUACCCUCAUUCAGAAAAUGAGCAGCACAUAGAGAGAAUUGUGUCUGGCUGAGAGUCAUUAGCAGAUGAACCUUAGGUUUGUGAGCCUCAGUGCUUGAUUUGAGGGGGUGAAAAUGGGUCAGUAUAGUGACCACCUGCACCUUUUCCAUCACCUUUGUUAAUAUUAUUUUUAUCCUAUCCAUAUGUGAGAUUUACACAUGGGAGUUCUUCCUGUAAAACUAGAAAAGUGCAUUUCCUGAAGGAAACGCGGAAUGGUUGCGCAGUGGUUACCAUGGGAGUCUACUGGAGGAACGAGGGAUGAAAAAACUACACAUGGCUGUGGAUUAGAGCUCGGCGACCUGAUUUGAGUGAGUACAUGUACUUUGGUGGCUGUCAGGAUAGACAGGACAGAUUAGGGCUUUUGUUGCGAAAGAAAAUGAAUGGGACUCUAUGGGAGGAAUGAAUGAUGAAAAAACGAUAUAUAGAGGAGUACGGGUCAGUGUGGCUGAGGAUUAGAGCUUGGGGAUCUGCAUUGAAUGAAUACUUGAAGUUGGGCAAAGAUAAUAAUAGUAGUGGUGUUUGGGCAAAAAUGAAUGGGACUCUAUGGGAGGAACAAGGGAUGAAAAAAUGACAAACAGAGGGGUGUGGGUCAGUAAGGUUGUGGAUUAGAGCUUGGUGAUCUGCCCUGAGUUAGUACAUCCGUUUUGUUAUCUGUUGGACAAAGGAAAUAAUAGGGCUGGGGUUUGGGUGAAAAUGAAUGGGACUCUAUCGGAGAAACGAGGGAUGGAAAAAAAACGACAAACAGAUGAGUGCGGGUCAGAACAUUCGUGCUUGGGGGCCUGCCCUGAAAUAGUGUAUGCAAAAUUAUGUCUUUCGGUCAAGCAGAAGUACCGUAGAUUGUCAUGCAAUUUUUCACCCCAUUCAUUCUCUAUGGGAAAAAAUUCCGCAAAAUUC